AUGCAUUUCGCCAAGCUCGACGACUCUCCUAUGUUUCGCAAGCAGAUCUUAUCCUUGGAGGAUAGUGCCGAGUCAUUGAGGGAACGAUGCUUGAAGUUCUACAAAGGAUGUCGAAAAUACACUGAAGGACUUGGGGAGGGAUAUGAUGGAGACAUUGCUUUUGCUAGUGCACUGGAAAGUUUUGGUGGAGGGCACAAUGAUCCCAUUAGUGUGGCUUUCGGAGGCCCUGUUAUGACCAAGUUUACCAUAGCAUUGAGAGAAAUUGGAACAUACAAGGAAGUACUUAGGUCACAGGUUGAGCACAUGCUAAAUGACAGACUACAACAGUUUGUGAAUAUCGAUCUGCAUGAGGUGAAGGAAGCGAGGAAGCGCUUUGACAAAGCGAGUCUUAUCUAUGAUCAGGCACGAGAGAAGUUUCUGGCACUGAGGAAAGGCACAAAGUCUGAUGUAGCCAGUGUCUUGGAGGAGGAGCUCUAUAAUGCUAGGUCUGCCUUCGAGAAAGCUCGCUUUAAUCUUGUAACAACCCUUUCUAAUGUUGAAGCGAAAAAGAGAUUUGAAUUUCUGGAAGCUGUCAGUGGCACGAUGGAUGCGCAUCUUCGCUACUUCAAACAGGGUUAUGAAUUAUUGCACCAAAUGGAGCCAUAUAUAAACCAGGUUUUAACUUAUGCUCAGCAAUCAAGAGAGAGAUCCAAUUACGAACAGGCUGCACUGAAUGAAAGGAUGCAAGACUACAAGAGGCAGGUGGAUCGUGAGAGUAGAUCGUCUUCUAAUGGUUCUAAUGGAUCCCCCAAUGGUGAUGGUAUCCAAGCUAUUGGUAGAAGUUCCCAUAAAAUGAUAGAGGCAGUUAUGCAAUCUGCUGCCAGGGGAAAGGUACAAACCAUCAGACAAGGUUAUCUAUCAAAACGAUCGUCAAACCUAAGAGGAGACUGGAAAAGAAGGUUUUUUGUUCUUGAUAGCCGAGGCAUGUUGUAUUACUAUCGCAAACAGUGCAGUAAACCUUCUGGUUCGGGAAGUCAGCUUACUGGUCAGAGAAAUAGCUCUGAGCUUGGAUCUGGACUAUUGAGUCGGUGGCUUUCAUCUCACCAUCAUGGAGGAGUACAUGAUGAGAAAUCGGUUGCUCAUCAUACUGUGAACCUUCUUACAUCGACAAUUAAAGUUGAUGCUGACCAGUCGGAUCUGCGAUUUUGUUUUAGGAUCAUAUCGCCAACAAAGAACUAUACUUUGCAGGCAGAGAGUGCAUUGGAUCAAAUGGAUUGGAUUGAGAAGAUAACAGGAGUUAUUGCAUCACUGCUUAGCUCUCAAGCUCCUGAGAGGGGUCUUCCUGGCAGUCCGAUGGGAAGUAGUCAUCAUCGUUCAGCAAGCGAGAGCAGUUCAUUUGAAAGUACCGAUUUUGACCACCCUGGCGUCGAUGAGUACGCAUGCGAGAGAAGCUAUUCCAGUGCACAUUUUGACCGACAGCUGAGAAGUUCACAACAACAGCAAAGAGUGUCUGUUGAGAAGCCAAUUGAUCUGUUACGAAGAGUCUGUGGAAAUGAUAAGUGUGCUGAUUGUGGUGCCCCGGAACCAGAUUGGGCAUCCCUAAAUCUUGGUAUCCUUGUUUGUAUCGAGUGUUCAGGUGUUCAUCGAAACCUUGGUGUGCACAUAUCAAAGGUGAGGUCUCUUACACUGGAUGUUAAAGUCUGGGAACCUUCUGUUAUAGGUUUGUUUCAGUCUCUAGGAAAUGCCUUUGCUAACUCUGUUUGGGAGGAGCUAUUGCAAUCAAGAAGUUGCUUCCAAGCUGAUGUCAUUUCUUCAGGCUCAUACAAAUCUACAAAACCACAACUGCUUUUCCUUGGGAAACCCAGUGCUGCUGAUUCUAUACCCGUGAAGGAGAAGUUCAUCCAUGCAAAGUACGCAGAAAAGCUUUUUGUUCGGAAGCCCCGGGAGAACCAGUAUCUUCAUCAGCAGAUGUGGGAAGCGGUUCGUGCUAACGACAAAAAGGCUUUAUACCGUCUCAUGAUUAAUAACAAAGUGGACAUCAAUAUGGUCUAUGACCAAGCCACGUUCAGCCCUUCUCUAACGCUCGCUAAAGCAAUGCUAUUGCAAGAGCAAACAGGUGCCAGUCACUGCUCUGGUUGCUCAACGGCCUCUGUCAACUCGGUUGGAACAAAUGAAGGAGGCCAGAUAGUAGUGGAUGAUGAUUUAGAUGGUUGCACAUUGCUUCACCUGGCUUGUGAGACUGCUGACAUCGGCAUGCUCGAGCUUUUACUACAGUAUGGGGCGAAUGUAAAUUCAACCGAUUCAAAAGGUCGGACGCCGCUCCAUCGCUGUGUUACCAGGAGAAGAGCAGCUUUUGCAAAAUUACUACUAGCAAGGGGGGCUGAUCCUCAGGCUGUAAAUGGGGACGGUAAAACUCCUAUGGAGCUGGCAGUAGAGACAAACUUAGUAGAGAAUGAGGUGAUUGCUCUAUUAUCCGACUCAAAUGGAUAA